CAUGUCUUGUUCCUUGAACAGUAAGACAGAAUGCUGAGAGAGCGGAUUACGGCUGGCUUGCUCCUGUUGUGUUUCCCUGACCCAGAGGAAACUCCUCAUUGCCAUGACAACACUGCUCCUGCUCUCCUAGCAACACCCAGUUAACUGGCGGUCAAGGAGAAGAGUUUGAUGAUUUAUUUUCCAUUGGGUCAAAGUUAUAUCCCUCAUCCUGUGGAGAAGAUGAAAUUUCCAUUCUAUUGGCCCUUUGUCAGAUUGACACAAUAACAUUCUAGUGACUUGCUAAUAAAAACUGCUUUGGUUAUGGCUACUGAUCCAACGUGAUACGGUGCGCACCAAUUCUUGGACUCAUGACUGGGUAUACCAUGUUGCGGAAUGGGGGCGUGGGGAAUGGAGGCCAGCCCUGGAUGUUACGGUGGUCCAGUAGGAUCCGGCUCACUUGGCUUAGCUUCACACUGUUCAUCAUCCUGGUCUUCUUUCCCCUUAUCGCCCAUUACUAUUUAACCACCAUAGACGAUGCAGAUGAUGCCGGCAAACGCAUCUUUGGCCCACGCACCGGCAACGAGCUGUGUGAGGUGAAGCACGUCCAGGAUUUGUGCCGCAUUAGAGAGUCGGUGAGCGAGGAGCUACUUCAGCUGGAAGCCAAGCGGCAGGAGCUCAACAGUGAGAUUGCCAAACUGAACCUCAAGAUUGAAGCUUGCAAGAAAAGCAUAGAGAACGCCAAGCAGGAUCUCCUGCAGCUGAAGAACGUCAUCAGUCAAACCGAACAUUCGUACAAAGAACUAAUGGCCCAAAAUCAGCCCAAGCUCUCUUUGCCGAUCCGGCUGCUGCCGGAGAAAGACGACUCUAACUUCCCCUUGCCAAAAUCCAACAGGAACUGCCGGUUACACAACUGCUUUGACUAUUCACGUUGCCCGUUAACUUCUGGAUUCCCAGUGUAUGUCUACAACAGUGACCAGUAUCAUUUUUCGAGCUCGUUAGACCCCCUAGUUAGGCAAGCCUUUGAGUCAACUGUCAGAACUAAUGUGUACGUUACUGAAAAUGCAAACAUUGCUUGUAUAUACGUAAUCUUAGUGGGAGAAAUUGAGGAACCCGUAUUGCCAAAACCUACUGAAAUAGAGCAACAAUUGCACACACUGCCAUAUUGGAGGUCUGAUGGACACAACCAUCUCAUUAUUAACUUAUCCAGGAAGUCUGAGACUCAGAACUUUCUUUAUAACAUCAGUACCGGGCGGGCCAUGAUUGCCCAGUCCACCUUUUAUGAUGUACAGUAUCGCCCAGGUUUUGAUCUUAUAGUGUCUCCUCUGGUCCAUGCAAUGUCUGAACCUAAUUUCCUAAAGAUCCCACCCCAGGUGCCAGUCAAGCGGAAAUACUUAUUCAGCUUCCAAGGGGAGAAGGUGGAGUCUCUCCGGUCCAGUUUGCAAGAGGUACGUUCAUUUGAGGAGGAAAUUGAAGGCAAUGCCCCAGCAGACUAUGAUGAUAGGAUCAUUACCACCCUGAAGGCUGUUCAAGACAGCAAGCUGGACUUUGUCUUGGUGGAAUUCACUUGUAAGAACCAACCUAAGGCAAGUCUGCCCACUGAGUGGGCUCUUUGUGGGGAAAGGGAGGACAGACUAGAGCUACUGAAACUAUCUACUUUUGCACUGAUAAUCACCCCAGGGGACACCCAUCUCGUGAUCUCUGCAGGGUGUGUAAUGAGACUCUUUGAGGCUCUGGAAGUUGGAGCUAUCCCAGUGAUCCUUGGAGAGCAGGUCCAGCUGCCCUAUCAUGAUGUGAUCCGGUGGAACGAGGCAGCCUUAAUAAUACCAAAGCCACGUAUCACAGAAGUGCACUUUCUUCUGCGAAGCAUUUCUGAUAAUGACCUCUUGGCCAUGAGGAGGCAGGGACGUUUCUUGUGGGAGACCUAUUUUUCCACCUCAGAAAGUGUCUUCAACACAGUCUUGGCCAUCAUAAGGACUCGAAUCCAAAUCCCAGCUAUUCCCAUUCGUGAGGAAAUGGCAGUGGAGAUCCCUCACCGAUCAGGCAAAGCUGCUGGCACAGACCCCAACAUGGCAGACAACGGGGACUUAGACCUGGGGCCGGUGGAAACAGAGCCACCCUACUCAUCUCCCAAAUACCUGCGCAAUUUUACCCUCACAGCAAUGGAUAUCUACAGAAAUUGGAACUCUGCUCCUGGGCCGUUCCAUCUCUUUCCCCACACGCCCUUUGAUCCUGUCUUACCAUCAGAAGCCAAGUUUUUAGGGUCUGGGACUGGGUUUCGGCCUAUUGGUGGAGGAGCUGGUGGCUCUGGAAAGGAGUUCCAAGCUGCAUUAGGUGGCAAUGUCCCCAGGGAGCAAUUUACGGUAGUAAUGUUAACCUACGAGCGAGAGGAAGUAUUAAUGAACUCCUUGGAGAGGCUCAAUGGUCUUCCCUAUUUAAACAAAGUUGUUGUAGUCUGGAAUUCCCCCAAGCUUCCAUCAGAAGAUCUCCUGUGGCCAGACAUUGGUGUCCCAAUUGUGGUUGUGCGCACAGAGAAGAACAGCCUGAACAACCGAUUUCUGCCCUGGGAUGAGAUUGAGACAGAAGCCAUUUUGUCUAUUGACGAUGACGCCCACCUUCGCCACGAUGAGAUCAUGUUUGGAUUCCGGGUUUGGAGAGAAGCCAGGGACCGCAUUGUUGGGUUCCCUGGACGGUACCACGCAUGGGACAUCCCUCAUCAGUCCUGGCUCUACAACUCCAAUUACUCCUGUGAACUGUCCAUGGUGCUGACGGGUGCUGCCUUCUUUCACAAGUACUAUGCCUACCUGUAUUCCUAUGUGAUGCCACAGGCCAUCCGUGAUAUGGUAGAUGACUACAUCAACUGUGAGGAUAUUGCUAUGAACUUCCUGGUCUCUCAUAUCACGAGGAAGCCACCCAUCAAGGUGACUUCCCGCUGGACCUUCCGCUGCCCCGGCUGCCCUCAGGCACUUUCUCACGAUGACUCUCACUUCCACGAGCGGCACAAAUGCAUCAACUUCUUUGUCAAAGUGUACGGCUACAUGCCGUUGCUGUACACCCAGUUCCGCGUGGACUCUGUUCUCUUCAAGACCCGGCUGCCCCAUGAUAAGACAAAAUGCUUCAAGUUCAUCUAAACGGAACACG